AGUAAUGCAUGAACUUGAAGUCACCAGCAUUUCCAAUCUCUUCAGCAGCAGGAGGAUGGAAGAAAGAACUGACGUGCCUUCACACAGGAUGAAGAUCUCAUUUGGACUGCUGUUCCUGGGCCAGUUAAUAGCUCUCACCUAUGGCCAUCCCAUCCUAAAAACCCCAGAGAGUGUGAUAGGGAUCUGGAAACAGGAUGUGAAAAUUCAGUGCAUAUAUGAUCCCCUGAGAGGCUACAGUCAAGUUUCGGUGAAAUGGCUUGUACAACGUGGCUCUGACCCAGUCACCAUCUUCCUGCGUGACUCCACAGGAGACCAUAUCCAGCAGGCAAAAUACAGAGGCCGCCUGAAAGUGAGCCACAACGUUCCAGGGGAUGUGUCUCUCCAGCUGAAUACCCUACAGAUGGAUGACAGGAACCGCUACACAUGUGAGGUCACCUGGCAGACUCCUGAAGGAAGCCAAGUGAUGAGAUAUAAGAUUAUUGAGCUUCGUGUUAAGAAAUACCCCUCUAAUACACCUAAAAUCAAUACUGAAGCACUUACAACCGUGCAUUUCUUUUUGCAAGGAACAACUACAAUGAAUUCAGCCUCUGACCUGACCACUAAUGGAAAACUUGAGGAGACCACUUCUGGCCCAGGUAAAAAACUGCCUUUCUUUGCCAUCAUCUUAAUCAUCUCCCUUUGCUGCAUAGUGGUUGUCACCAUAGCUUAUAUCAUGUUCUGCCAUAGGACAUUCCAACAAGAGCAUAUCUAUGAAGUGAACCGUGUAUGUGCCAGGAAGACAAGCAACUCUGAAGAAACCACAAGGGUGACUAUCAUUGCAAGUGAUGAACCAGAUUCUCAGGCUCUGAUCAAUGGUUAUUCUGAUGACCCCAGCCUGGACCAGGACUACCAAAUAAACCAGAUGAACAACGGCUGUUCCUCCCUGUUGAGCACAGUUCCCAGAAACUAAGAAGUUCUUGCUACUGAAGAAAAUAGCAUCUGCUAAAAUGUCCCCACUAAGUCAAUGUCUAGUCUGUGACUUACUCACUUCUUCCCUUCAACAUAACUUUCUUCCCUGUUUCCUUUCUUCCUACACAAUCAAGUAUCUAUUCUGCCAGUGCUGGAGCCACAGGGAAAUCCUGGGUUUGUCUAAGAAUGUACUAUAUGCACCUUAAGAAAUCUAAUUUCUGGGUUUGACCCUGGAUGCUUCUGUGUUCCUUCCUGGGGCCUCCACAACUCCUCUCCAAACACUAGAGAAAUUUCCAUAGCACUAGAGGCUCUUUGUCAUGCUUGCAGGCAUCACAGAAACUCAGAUGUGGCUCAGUCUUAGCAACUCAGGCAAACACCUGUGUCCAGGAUUAGUUCUCUUUUUCUAAGGCCAGAUGACUUUUAGUUGAUAUUACCACAUCACAGGCCAGGGUACAGAUCUGUUCCUACACUAUGAAUCUAAUGCUCUAGUAUUCUUUUGGUGUUAAUAAAUGUUUAAUCAUGAC